AUGCAGAUGAUUUAUAGGAAACCUCACACCUGCACCACACCCAGCCACCCUUGCACCACGUUCAGGGAACACCUGUGGAAAGUGUCCGAAGCAGUCGUCCGUAACCCUCCCUGUAAAGCAGCAGUAACCUUCACGAGGCCAGUGGAGCGACACGAGCGGCCCCAGAAAGAUGAACUGACGUCUGUGGCCAGAGUGGAGAGGCUGCGAGUCGAAGGGAACAGAGACUGGACCAUCCAUCAUCACGUUAUCAAUGUGUUGCGGCUUUGUAUGUGUUGCUCGCCUCCUCGGCUGGCUAACCCUUGGUGGCGCUGCACAGACCCUCCUGGCACCAGAGAGAGAUAUACCUCCUACAUUAUGUAUAACUAAUCACUAAUUCCAUGGUCCUUGCUGGUCGCCGAUCCUGCUGUUCUGGGAAAAAGCGCGCACCACCACCACCACCACCACCACCACCACCACCAAGGGGAAGAGACGAAUAGGAUCAGCGCAGGUAGCAGUGGUGGCGUUGAGGUUUUAUUAUUCAGCUUCGCGGCCUCACACGCACAAUUUAUUCAUCGCCUGGCCGCGUCUGAGUCUUGUUAAUCAUGUAUAUAUUGAGUUGAGGCGAGGUUAGCAGAGCAGAGCAGCACACACACACACACACACACACACACACACACACACCUGCAUCAUUUACCUAGUUGACAAGGACUGUUUUCAUCAUUAUCAUUAACUUUGUAACUAUUAUUAUUAUUACUAUUACUAUUAUUUUCAUUAUUACUAUUAUUUUCAUUAUUAUUAUUAUUAUUAUUAUUAUUAUUAUUAUUAUUAUUAUUAUUAUUAUUAUUAUCAUUAUAAUUAUUAUAUUAGCAUCGGUGUUAUUGCUAUCAUCAACAUCACCGCCAUAAUCGCAAUAGCUACUACCCCUUUAAUUACAAUCAGGGUUGGUAAUGCAAACAAUAUCCCGCCAAUGAUUAACAGCUUAUUGUCAGCGGCUAUUGGGAGAGUCAUUAGCAUAAUGUUAUACGUAGGGCGUGUUGUGCGGGCCUGAUUGCCCCACCACGGCCCCGCUGUCACCCGCCGGCCAUUACUGAUACGAAUAUUGCACGGUAGUCAAGAUAAACGGCUAUUCGUUGUAUGAUUAUAUUACUUGCUCAUUAUUUGUCUUCACUUUGCUAUAGUUCAGUCCUUGCCAACUUUAUCUUUAUUUCCUUAUCUGACAUCUGAUCGUUCGGAACACUUCUCUGCUCUUUUCUUACCUCGCUCCCUCUUACCUCCUCCUCCUCCUCCUCCUCAACCACCGCCGCCCCGCCUCCUCGCCCCGCCUGAUGGGCCCUCACUUAGCAACUCAUAGCAUGGAGUUAUCUUUAGCGCAUACACAUUAGAUGAGGCUUCCACCUCCAUAUUUAAGAAGCACCUACAAUCGUGUAAGAGCGGCGGGCACACCUGGGACCUUAUACUCUCCGCUCAGCCACGACACACUGCUAAACGCCCGCCUCCCUCGCCCAGACUGAUUGGAGUGUUACCUUCCACUAGUAAUUCGUAGUGAUCGCUUCGCACCUUGCACACCUCCAGUAAGGCAAUGAUGACAAAUUUCCAAUCGAUAAUGAUAACUCGUAUUGAGAUGUGCAAGAUUUCAAGAUUUGCCUGAUCAUGGAUGGAAUCUUAAAGAGGAGACGAGGCGAGCCAAACCAGAGCAGAAGGACUCGGGACACGCCGCCGCCGCCGCUCCCGUCAGACUUGUAACGCGUGGUGGUGGAGAUUAGAUGAGAACAAGAUAAUGAGAUUCUCACUUGCCGCGGGCGCUGAUCCGGACCGGCCGCUCAUUAUGCUAAUUGAUGGCUGUGUUUUGCUGGUGAUGCUGCUGAGACUUGCCUCCCUCCUCCCUUCCCUCCAUCCCUUCCUUCACUCCUCUUCCUCUCUCCAUCUGCUCUUCUCUCACCGCCUCUCCCCAAACUCUCCGUCUUCAUAUCUUCUUCAGUGCCGCUUAUACAUAAUUUUUGCUCCGAAAUUCAUCGUAUUCUCUUAUUUAUCUCCCUCUUCCUUCUGUUCUUCUUCCUUCUCCAUUUUCUAUCUUUUCCUUGUCUCCGUAUAAGGAUUACAGGAGAUACGAAUUUCUCUCUCUCUCUCUCUCUCUCUCUCUCUCUCUCUCUCUCUCUCUCUCUCUCUCUCUCUCUCUCUCUCUCUCUCUCUCUCUCUCUCUCUCUCUCUCUCUCUCUCUCUCUCUCUCUCUCUCUCUCUCAGUUAAUACAGUUAAUAUUAUAAUACCAAUUCUCACUAUAGGAUUUACAUCUCUUUGCUACUAAUUCCUUUACUAUUCUUCUUCUGCUGCCACCACCACCACCACCACCACCACCACCACAUUCCAACAAGUUCUCUGUUACAGCUACUACCACCAUCAUCAUUUCCAUCAUCACUAUCACCAUAAUCACCACCAUCAUCACCAUCACCUUCGCUUUUCUUGCAAGUUCUCCGCAACCACUACCAUCACAACCAUCACCACAACUACCACCACCACCAUCGC